AUGAGGAAGGCGAAGAGGAGGUUGGCGGCUACGCCCGCGGAGACGACGAGGAGGCGGUCGGGGACGGGGCAGUUGCAGAGGAGGUCCGGGUCGUCGGGCGCGAAGCCGGAGUCUGGGUCGUCAUCGGGGAGGUGGCGGCAAGGAAGUGGCCCGACUCGUGACGAGGACGAUGGUGGCGAGGACGGAGGCGGCGGUGGCAACGGACUGGACGCUGGCGAGGAGCCGCCACCGCACGGGCUGUUGGGGGAGAUGCAGAUGUAGAUAGAGAGGUUGGUGUGGGAGAAUAGGGAGCUGGAGGAGAAACUGAGCAUGGCGCUCAAGGAGAGCAAGGCCAUGGAGGAGAUUCUUGACGAGAUGGAGGAGAAGCACGACGACGCCUUUGCCAGGAUCACUCUCCUCGAGACCCAGCUGAAGCCUCUCAAGCUGGAGAACAUGCGGCUCAACGAGUAAAGGGGCAAGUCCAUGUGGGACAAGAAGCCGCCGUCGACGGCACACGGCGGCGAGAGCUUACCGGCGUCCACGCGCCCGUCGAACACGAGGAAGAGGAAGGACCGGGAAGACGAAGCAGAGGAAGUUGCCGCCGCCGCCGCCGCUCAGGAGGAGGAGGGGGCGGUGGCGUCGCGACGGAGGUGACCAUGGGAGUAGGAUUCCGAGACGUCCGUGCAGAUGCGGCGGGGCAAGGCGGUGGCGCGGCGGCGGAGCCUGGUCAGCCUGGGCAUGGCGGCGGUGGUGGGGGCGGUGGCGUGGGCGGCGGACGCGCCGUGCCUGCCGCUGCUGGUGGGGCUGUUCGCCACGAUGGGCGUGUCCAUGUGCAGUGUCACGCGCUUCUUCUUCCUCCGCGAGUCCGCCGCCGCGCUCCGGGGCGGCAGGCCGACCUUCUCCUCCUCCAACACCGUCCCGCUGCUCAGCCUCAACUGGUUCCUCCUCGGCAUCCUCACCUCCCCCAUGCUUCCCGGCGCUGCCCACGCCAUUGUUUCCGCCGCUAAUCUCAGCUCCCAUCGCCGCCGCCGCUUCAGUUCCCACCGGCCGCCGAGCGGCGGCGGCCGGUCGAAGGGGAGAAAAGGGGAGAGAAAGAGGGUAGGAAGGAAGAUGGGAGGAAGAAGAAAAAGAGAGAGAGGAUGAUAGGUGGGCCCACAUGUCAGUGGGGCUCACAUGUCAGUGGGCCCCACAACUUUUUAUGCGUGUGAAUGAUAAAUAGG